AUGGGCAAAAAUUUCAGAGGAAAGGGUCGACGAGGAGGAGGCGGCGGCCGCGGCGGUGCGCAAUCGAAUGGAGGAUGGCGAGACUACCCGGCAAUCCAGAAGGAAAACGAGAAGCUCCAGGAGUACUACGAUGCCUUGCUCCAGCUACCGGAGGAGGAGAAGACGCAGUAUUGGGACGCGUUGAAGCGCGAGCUCCCCAACAGCUUCCGGUUCUGCGGAUCCAAAGGCCACGCGCUUGCUGUCAAGAGGCUCCUUCAGACGAGAUACAUUCCCGAAAUAGUCAAGAUCGAGCAGCAGGAUGGCACAGUCGCCAAACCGCCCAUGCCCGUGCCCUGGUAUCCCGAUGAGCUGGCCUGGUGGAUGACGACGCCCAAGAACGUCGUCCGCAAGUUCCCCCCCUUCGCCGCUUUCCAGAAAUUUCUUGUCUCCGAGACGAGCGUCGGAAACAUCAGCCGCCAGGAAGUCGUCAGCAUGAUCCCGCCCCUGCUCAUGGAUCUUCAGCCGGGCAUGGUCGUCCUCGACAUGUGCGCCGCGCCUGGUAGCAAGUCUGCCCAGCUCGUGGAGAUGAUUCACCGCGGCGAGGAGGCCCGCGUGCGAAAGGUUCUCCGAUCCUUUGCGAAGGAGGACGGACUCGAUCUCGGCAAGGAGACGCAGGACGAGAUCGACGCCGACCUCGAGGCCGACCCAUCGGACAACGGCCGAGCCACCGGUCUUCUCAUCGCCAACGACUCCGACUACAAGCGCGGCCACAUGCUCGUCCAUCAGCUCAAGCGACUGUCAUCCCCGAACCUCAUCGUGACGAACCACGAUGCUACGCAGUUCCCCUCACUCAAGCUUCCCUCGACCGACGCCUCCGAUAAGCCGGUCUACCUCAAGUUCGACAGAAUCCUCGCCGAUGUCCCUUGCUCCGGUGACGGAACGCUGCGAAAGAAUGCGAACCUCUGGAAGGACUGGAACCCGGGCAACGCACUGGGCCUGCACCUGACCCAGAUUCGAAUCUUGAUCCGCGCACUUCAGCUCCUCAAGGUCGGUGGCCGCGUCGUGUAUUCGACAUGCAGCAUGAACCCGAUCGAGAACGAGGCUGUCGUCGCGUCGGCCAUCGAGAGGUGCGGAGGUUCGGCCAACGUCGAGAUCGUCGACAGUAGCGAUCAGCUCCCAGCCUUGAAGCGGGUGCCCGGCAUGAAGCAGUGGAAGAUUAUGGACAAAUCGGGACGGAUAUGGAGUUCUUGGGAGGAUGUCGAGAAGUUCGCCAAGGACGAAAACGAGGGAGUCAUUCCAGGACGCGUCGUGCAGAGCAUGUUCCCCAUCGUCGACGGACCCGGAUGCCAGGAUCUUCCCCUGGACCGUUGCAUGAGGGUAUACCCCCACCUGCAAGACACCGGCGGCUUCUUCAUCACCGUGCUGGAGAAGAAGACCGAUUUCAAAGUGAGGAAUGAGAAUCCGGCCAAGCAGAUGCCUGCCAAGUCCAACGGCGCGGCGCCAAAGUCGACCACGACGGAAAAGGCUGCGGAGGCUGCCGAGACUGCAGAGACUGUGGAGGCGCAGCCGUCGGCCCCUGACGCUGCCGAGGCCGUCGAGGCCGUCGCGGCCGUCACAUCCGAAGUGGCUGAUGCCAAGCAGGAUGAUCCAGUCGAGGAUGAGGGUUCGAAGUCGGGUGUCAAGAGGACGCUCGAGGAAACGGAGGCGGCGGAGGAGCAGGUGACGAAGAAGGCCAAGACCGAGGAUGGACCGUCGACAGAAGCCGGUGCCCGAGAGACCGAGAUGGUGAGCAAGCCGAAGAGGGGCGGACCUCCCGAGGAGCCCUUCAAGUACCUCGACCCGUCGCACCCCGUCAUCCAGAACAUCAAGGAGUUCUACAACAUCUCGACCCGCUUCCCGGACAACCGGUACAUGGUGCGAAACGAGAUGGGCGAGCCUGCCAAGGCCAUCUACUACACGACGGCGCUGACGCGAGACAUCCUGACGGAAAACGAGGGCCGCGGCGUGCGCUUCGUCCACGGCGGCGUUCGAAUGUACAUGAAGCAGGACGCGCCCUCGGCCGAUGUCUGCCGGUGGCGCAUCCAGUCCGAAGGCAUGCCCAUCCUCCAGGGUUAUGUCAGCGAGCGGCGUGUCAUCCACCUGCGCAACAAGGAGACGCUGCGCAAGCUGCUCAUCGAGAUGUUCCCGCGCAUCUCGGACGGCGCGUGGCAGAACUUUGACGAGAUCGGCGAGCAGAUCCGCGACGCCGGCAUGGGCUGCUGCGUCCUGCGUGUCGAGCCCGACGGCGACGACGCAGACUUUUCCGAGCGCAUGGCCCUACCGCUGUGGAAGAGUCUUCACUCGCUCAACCUCAUGCUGCCCAAGGAGGACCGCGCGGCCAUGUUGCUGCGCAUCUUCAACGACACCUCGCCGCUCAUCAACGUGACGCUGCAGAAGCAAAAGGCGAAUGGCCAGCAGCCGGCUGCUGCCAAGACGGAGGAGGCCGCCGAGAGCCUCGCCGUUGCGGAUGCGGAGGAGGUGCCUGCGUCGGAGCCCGCGACGGAAGGGCAGCAUGAUGUCAAGGAGGAAUCAUGA